AUGUCCUUCGAUACUCAAAGAGCUCCAUUGGGUGAAUACUCAGGCUCCAGACUUAACAAACUACAUACCACAGGACUCAUGGACACUCUGCCCGGCAUUUCUGGUGUUACUACAUCCCUACCUUCACUAAAAUCAUUAAUUAAAGUUCCAAAGACACCCUUCGAAGAAAUAGCUAACAGACCUAUCCCCUUUCUCCAUCCAAUGCCUGGUUUGAGGACGGAUCAACUACAGAUUUCUAAAUUUCCUCCCAUCGUGAUCCAGAGUCAACCGCUUUCACCAAUAUCAGGUCCCGAUGAAACCUUGAAGGACUUCAAGGACCUAACAGAUACGUUGAAGAUACGCUUACAAUUUGCUCUGUAUAAAUUCAAUACGAAGCAAACUAUGUUGAAGUUUAAACAAAUUAAGAAACAGCACGAAUCAAGACUGCUGAAGGCUAAGACAUCUAGUAAAUCUAAUUCUAUCAAUAAGAAGAGAAAACUGGUUGUUUCCCAUGGCAAUUAUAAAACUCCUGCCAGAUCCAAAUCAAAUCCAAAGCAUUUAGAACAUACAGCACCAUUUUCUGCCUCUUCUUCACAUAAUACUGGCUUAUCUGUUUCUCGUGAAACUGUGUUCAGUUUAGACUCCAAUUCUCAGUCAUUUUUAUCCGCUAAUAAUAAUACAACAACAACUAAUGUCACUCCAAUUCGUUCCCAAAAAAUCCUAAAAAUCCAUAAACAGGAGACACCAGUUAACGUGAAGGCUGCCAAAUCAUUACUUCAUCUAUUCACCAGUAAUAACAACAAUAAUUGCUAA